AUGGGUGCAUCAACUACCCUCUCCUCGGAUGACAAAGCGAAAGUGAAAAAGGCAGUUCCUUCAUCCAGUUCAACAAAUAAGAUCGUAACAGCGACUGUCGCAAGAGUAUAUCAAGCUAGACAAGGGGCACAAACAUGGUCUUAUACCGGCGCUGAAGGUGCGUUAGUGUUCUGUGCGGAUAAAGCAAAAAGUGGACUAUGGUUCAGAGUCGUUGAUCUAUCCUCAUAUCGUGGGGUUAUUUGGGAACAUGAGUUACCCAACGAGAUAGAAUAUAACCAGGAGAAACCUUUCUUCCACUCCUGGCAAGGCGACAACACCCAAUUCGCAUUCGUAUUCGCAUCCGAAUCUGAAGCGCAUGAUUUCUACAAGAAAGUUGCCAAUAGAUCAAAAUAUGCCACCAAAGUCAAGGAGGACAAGAAAGAGAAAGCUAUCGCUUCAACACCUACAAAAAAGAAGAAAGGAGGAAAAAUUGAUAAAUCUCUGAUUUCAGGUCCUUCCGCUGGAUCAUUCAAACAUGUUGCACAUAUGGGCUUCGAUAGUGAAAAAGGGUUUUCAUCAUCUGGUGUCGAUCCAUCAUGGCAAAUGUUACUCGAACAACUUAGUAUGAAAGGUAUAUCAGCCAAGGAUAUUCAACAUAACGAGAAAUUCAUCAAGGACUUUGUGCAGCAACAAGGUGGAAUAGAGAAGGCUACUGCACCUAAGAAACCCCCUCCUCCACCGGCACCAACAUCGCGAAGGAAACCUGCUCCACCCCCACCUGCUUCUCGUGGAGCAGCUCGACCUUCCUCAGUAGCCAUCUCCACACCACCUCCACCCCCAGCUCGGAAUUCAGUACCACCUCCACCACCUCCACCAUCAUUCGGUGCACCACUGCCCCCUCCCCCUCCUCCUGCUCGAGGAGGUGCAGCUCCCCCUCCUCCGCCCCCACCACCACCUCCAGGAAGAGGUGCACCGCCACCCCCUCCACCUCCACCAACCGGCGGUCGAGCUCCUCCUCCACCUUCAGCAGGAGGUGAUGGCGGGGGUAGAUCAGCUCUUCUCGCCUCUAUUCAAGGCAAGGGAGUACACGCUCUCAAGAGAGUGGAUUCAUCAGAACAACGUGUCUCUCCCUUGGCAGGUGGAGGGGCAGCCGUUGGUGCAGGUGCGGUCGUUGGUGCUGGUGCCGCUGCCGCUGUAGCAGCCACAACGGAAGACACUCCAGAUCUCGCGUCAAGUCUCGCUGCCGCUCUAUCCAAGAGAAAAGCUGAUAUUGGAAGUGACGAUGAGAACGAUAGUGAUGACGACGAGUGGGACUAG